GUGCUUCUGGACAUUCUCCAUCAGGGCUUCAAUGACAAGCUCGCAAGUUUGAGAGGAAUGUUUGGUGCCGGAGCCUACUUUGCCGAAGACCCGGAGAAGAUCGACCAAUACACUCGGGAGGAUCCGGGUCACGAGGCACCUGGGCUGGAGCGCUUGCACUCGCGGCUCUACCGUGCGGGUGGCCAUCAGCAUCCAGGAGAUCACAUCUUCUACUGCUUCGUGGUUCGGGUAACUUGUGGCGCAUGCUUCCUGAGCCGCGGCUUCAAGGACAAGCUCCGCGACCACGACAGCGACUUCCAAGUCUUCGUCAACGAAGAUCGCCGGGAGCUUUCGGCUGUGCCCGGAUCAGACCCUCGAAUUCCCUACCACACCUUGCUGGUGCAAACGGGGAAGGAGGCCAAGCACAGAAUCGAGCGCUUUCGAGAAGUCAUCUCCUUCAGUGCCAACCGCGCAUAUCCAGAGUACCUGCUGGCAUACCAAAGGGUAUAG